AUGAACCCUAAUAGACCCCAAAGUUCCAAGUACUGUGACUACCAUGAGGACACGGGUCACACGACUGAAAGGUGCUACCAACUUCGCAACCUAGUGGAGAACAAAAUCCAAAGCGGGGAAUUAUCGCACUUUGCACUGCGAGAAGAGCCUAACCAGUCAGACCCAGUGGGCACUGACAGAAUCAUUGACGUCAUUUCGGGAGGCCUUACAGCCGGAGGAGCAUCAAACAACGCAAAGAAGCUUUAUGCCAGAGAAGUAUAUAGGGUCGACUCUAAACGACCCAAGCAAAACCCUUCUCCAGUCAUCUCAUUUUCAGACGCGGACUACCCAGAAGGGAUAAUCAGAGCACACCAAGACGCAAUGGUUAUCACAACAAAAAUUGGUACAAACACUGUCAAGAAAAUCCUAAUCGACGAUGGUAGCUCAGUUGAUAUCUUGUACCACGGAGCAUUCUCCAGGAUGGACCUGGGUGACAGAAAGCUUGAUGACGCCAGGAACGCUCCCUUAUAUGGAUUCACGGGAAACGAAGUCAGGGUCCUGGGAACAAUAGAUCUCCCAGUACUUUUCGGCUCCCCACCCGCACAGCUGUGGCAUGUAGUCAAGUUCCACAUAAUAAACGCCACAAACACCUACAAUGCAAUUCUGGGACGAACUACAACGACAGCGCUCAGAGCGAUAACGUCGAUACCACAUUUAAAAAUGAAGUUCCCCACUGAAUUUGGAGUAGGCGAAGUCCGAGGAGAUCAACAGAUGUCAAGACAAUGUUACAUUGGCAAUGUCAUCCCUAAGAGGAAGCCUCCACGCUCCUCAGGCUCCACGGUUAAUCAAGUUGAGGACAUACCCCGCAACCCUGAAGGCCCGGAGGCUGAGGGUCUAGAUACUAACACAUAA